UUGAAAGCUAGUUAAAUUAUUUGUUGAUACUUGGUGAAAUUAAGCCGAUUACAGCGACAGAUGAGUGCGGCGGAGACAUGGAAUAGUUCCCGAGGGUCGGGAGGCUCAAACAAUCCCUCUGGAGCGAGUGGCGGAAGUGCGGAACAGCCAAAUGACCAAGGGUCAUACGAAUGUAACAUCUGUCUGGAUACAGCGAAAGACGCAGUUGUCAGUUACUGCGGCCACUUGUUUUGUUGGCCCUGUUUACACCAGUGGCUGGAAACCAGACCUAACAGACAAGUGUGUCCAGUAUGCAAAGCAGGCAUUAGUAAAGACAAAGUAGUCCCUAUCUACGGCAGAGGCAGUACCAACCAACAGGACCCAAGAGAAAAAUUACCACCGAGACCCCCAGGCCAAAGAUCUGAACCCGAAUCGCAGAGGGGCUUUCCUGGGUUUGGAUUUGGUGAUGGCGGAUUGCAGAUGUCAUUUGGAAUUGGUGCAUUUCCCUUUGGAUUUUUUGCUUCAACGUUUAAUUUCAACGAUGGCAGGCCUCCUCCGCCUGCUCCUGGGUCUCCACAGCAGGUAGAGGAACAGUUCCUGUCUAAACUAUUCCUGUGGGUGGCCAUCUUGUUUAUCUUCUGGUUGUUGAUCGCGUGACGGAGAAGCCCCUCUCCCAAAAAUAAGACCCCCCCCCCCCAGGCGUGUUAGGGAUAGACUGUACAUGGGCAUUAGACUGUACAUGGGCAUACCUGUACUCUAGUGAUGCUUCCUAUCUCUGAUAGCUGGUUAUGUAGACAUUACCUGUGAUACAAACUGUCCUCUCAACUCACCAGCUCACCAUGCUCACCCUAAACCUGCUCACCUUUUAACGGAAUCUGACUUAUCAUGUGACACACAGGAAGAACUCUGUAGAAUUUCGCUCAGCUGCAUUUCAGUCAAGUGUGACAUUUCUGUGCUACAUUUUGAGAUGUUCAUUUCAGGAUUGUGUUUUGGCAUAAGACAUGGAGAAACUGCGAAAAUCUGGAAACUGAGAGAAAAAACACCUUUCCCAUGUAUAUUAAAAGCUACAGAAAUAAAUACAGCUACUGUUAUUAUGUGACUAUUCAUAGGGAGCGUCCUUGUUGGCCAUAGGAAUAACACACAACUAUUUAUGUUGUGUUUUAAGGGUGAGAUGAUACUAACAAAUCAAAAACUGGAGCAAAAAUAAGCUGAAAAUCCAUUUGUUUAUUUUGUCCAAUCUAAGUGUUUUUAUGAUUUUUCUGGGAUUUUUUAAAGCUUUCCCAGUAAAUUUUCAAGUAAAUUGGUCUAAAACAGAAAAUGUGGCUGGGACAGUCUACAAUUUUGAGACUCGGGGGUGCUCCAUUUUGCCAGUAUAUAUGUAAGUGUAAACAGGAAUGCACAAUUUCUCUUUCCUCACAUGUUUAGUCCAUCUAAUGAACAACAUAAACGUAUCUUUACUUUUCCAAAAACACAAAAAGUUUUAGCAAGAGUUAGAAAUGUCUUUUUUUUUGGGCUUUCAGCACUACUAAAAUCUAUCAUAAACAUUAGAAGAAAAUGGUUUUUAAGUUUCAUUGUUACUUAUAUAUCCUCCUCUGCUGUUGUGAAAAAAUUUUUCCUACCUGUAGGACAACAAUGUAAAUCAUUAUGGCCUAAUUAGACAGGCAGGUAAAUUAAGUACAGAGUAUGCUGUGUGUAUAGUAAUUCAUCUAUCUGCCUCACAUAAUAUAACGGUACAAUUUUAAAGGGACCCCAUCAACCCAGGCUUUCCACAGUUAUUCCUUCCUCAUUGUUGCAAGAUUUUGAUUAUAAAAUGUGUCUGUAGUCAGGUGUGAUGAUGUAAAUUUUCAGGUUGCUCCCUGAUUUCAGUUUAUUUUGUCGAGGUUCAUAAGUUUAAGUAAAUUUCAGUUUGUUUAUUUUUGUCCCUCGUUAAACCUCUUGUACAGUAUGGAAGCAAGGCUGUUGCUUGGUCGGACGAUAUGCAGUUCAGGUAUUUUUGCAAAUGUGGAGAGUAGUGGCAUAUUUUCAGCUUUUCAUUUCAUCUAUUUGUCAGUGAAAUCUUUUUUUUUUUUCACAUUUAUGCCGAUGUUUUGUUUUGGCACCUGUAUUAUGGCAUUGUGCUUUAGAUAAGGAACAAGGCGACAGAAACAGCCAGUAACCAUAGCAAUGGUAACCCUAACAUACACAACGUACUGACAUAAGUAGUGUUGAUUUAUUUAUUUAUUUGAUUGGUGUUUUACGCCGUACUCAAGAAUAUUUCACUUAUACAAUGGUGGCCAGCAUUAUGGUGGGACGAAACUGGGCAGAGCCCGGGGUAAACCCACGACCAUCCGCAGGUUGCUGACAGACGUUCCCACUUACGGCCAGAGAAGUAGUGUUGAGUUUGUUGACCACGUCAGCAGCAAUCCUAUUCCACCAUGUCACGUUUGCAAUGGCAUACAUAUCGUAGGACAUAUUUGUAAUCAAAAGAGUUGUGGCAGUAAUGUCAGUGUAUUAUACUACAGCACGAUGUGUAGCUUUAGAGCUGAGGUGGAAUGUUUGACUACUCAUAGUAUAAACAUUUGAUAACUGUUACCAUACUGCAAAGAAUCUUCUUUUCUCAGCUAUUAUGGAAGCCCUGAUGCUGCUCAAAAGGUGAAACAGGAACUUUUUAUUGUAUAUAAAGAACAGCUCUUAUUAUAUUUAGUACACUAAUAUUUCAGGACUCCAAGAAAUUGCGGGCACACAGCAUGGUUUUUCUUUGAAAGGAGAUACACAUCACCUGUGCAUAGCCUCUUUCCCUCAAACCAUGUCACAACUAUCUCUAAUCACCCCUUAAACCAUGCCACAACUAUCUCCAAAAAACCCUCAA